CUCACCCAGCCGGUGGUGUUCUUGUGCUACGUUUUGGCCACAGGAUCGCAACAUAAUACACAAAACGGCAACAUCGAAACUCCAGUACCAGAAUACCCAACCCCGGAAAUCCCAUUAAAUUUUAUUUAUUUGGUUUUUUGGCUUCAGUGGGAGAGGGUCUUUUUGAAACGCGAUGUCCAGGAAAAUGAUGAAGAAGCGGUGCAAGUCAAAGAGCAGAGCAUCCUGGAACUGGGGUCACUUUUGGCCAAGACUGGGCAGGCAGAAGAGCUGGGAGGACUUCUGAAGUACGUUCGACCCUUCUUGAACUCCAUCAGCAAAGCAAAGGCAGCCCGCUUAGUCCGAUCCCUGCUCGAUCUCUUCCUUGACAUGGAGGCAGCAACAGGACAGGAGGUUGACCUGUGUUUAGAGUGUAUUGAAUGGGCCAAAUCAGAGAAGAGGACUUUCCUACGCCAGGCUCUGGAGGCGAGGCUGGUCUCUUUGUACUUCGAUACCAAGAGGUACCAAGAAGCGCUGCAGCUAGGCUCCCAGCUUCUUCGGGAAUUGAAAAAGAUGGACGACAAAGCAUUGCUGGUGGAAGUGCAGCUGUUAGAGAGUAAGACUUACCAUGCCCUGAGCAAUCUGCCAAAAGCAAGAGCAGCCUUAACCUCUGCGCGGACUACAGCCAACGCAAUCUACUGUCCACCUAAGCUGCAAGCGGCGUUAGACAUGCAGUCAGGUAUUAUUCAUGCAGCAGAAGAGAAGGACUGGAAAACAGCCUAUUCAUAUUUUUACGAGGCGUUUGAGGGAUAUGAUUCGAUUGACAACCCAAAAGCCAUCACUGCGCUGAAAUACAUGUUGCUGUGCAAAAUCAUGCUGAACAUCCCAGAAGAUGUGCAAGCGUUAGUGAGUGGAAAGCUUGCUCUGCGGUAUGCAGGAAGACAGACAGAAGCACUAAAAUGUGUGGCACAAGCCAGUAAGAACCGAUCGCUGGCGGAUUUUGAAAAGGCUCUGACAGACUAUAAGGUGGAGCUCAGGGACGACCCCAUCAUAAACACUCACUUGGCUAAGCUCUAUGAUAACUUAUUGGAACAGAAUCUGAUCAGAGUCAUCGAACCCUUCUCCAGAGUACAGAUUGAACACAUAUCCAGCCUCAUCAAGCUCUCAAAGAGCCCCCCCAGCACCCAAGGGGUCGGAAAUCCUGACCUGACCAGCAGUGCCAGGACUCGGUACACGUCAUCCCGACAGCCCCGCAACGGCACACGGCCGUCUCCGCUCAAAACCCGCCGCAGCAGCCCCGCGCAGGGUGGAAAUCCAAAGCUCGUUGGUACAUACGGCCCCUCCCCCGGGAAGAGCCGGGAAAAUGCUUCCAAGGGAACAGCCCGGAUGUUUGCCGUGGGGUUUCCGCUGCCGCCCCUCGCCUGGCGCGGCCGGCCGCGGUCGGAGCUGGUGUCGGGUAGUGCAACGUGA